AUGCGCUUCCGUGCGCUGGUUUUAGCUACCUGGUGGUCACUAUCCACGCUCGAGUUCAGUGAUGACCUAACUACUCCCUUCUUCAUUCUCAUCGAGGCCGUCAUCAUGGUAUCUGCUUAUCUACUUUCGCAAUUGACGCGAUGGAAACCCAUUUAUCAAUAUCUGAGCCGCCUUUGGCGUUGCGUAAUCCCUAUCAGAGCACUUGCCGACAUGGAACGAGGUGCUGACGACUCCCUAUUCCCGCCCGAGUGGGAUGCUCAGGCAUACCUUGCAGCCAUCAACGACAUCGACAUUCUUCAGCUUGCAUCAAGCUACAACAUGGGAAAGAAAUGCGAGGAAUUUGGCAAGCGUACGAGAGGAAGCUUUAACUUCUGCGUCUUUGUCGUAUUCCCCGAAGAUGACACCAAAUGGGUUGUCCGGUUUCCCAUAUGCCCACUGCUCCAUGAACCUUGGCGGAAGUUGCAGAGCGAGGCGGCCACAUUGGAAUAUCUCCAAGCAAAUACGACGAUUCGUGUACCAGGGGUCAAGGCCCACGGAGAUGGUGCCGGAUUGCACCCCAAGAGCCAGGCCAAAUUUCCAUUCAUCAUUCUCGAAUACAUCUCCGGCCGGCCACUCGAGUACAGUGAAAUCCUACGCAGUCCACCUGGCGCGUUGAGACCCCUCUUUGCCGAGUUGGGCGAUGCUCUAUCGCAACUUCGAGCACUAGAGUUUCAAUAUGGUGGAGCUUUGAUGAAAGAUGGUACUAAUGGGUAUACCAUAACAUCGCCAAACUCCAUAGGCUUAAACAGCCUUCAGCUAAAGGGUCUGAGAAGUCAUACCCCCCGUUAUACAAGCGCCUUGGAGUUUGCGAUGUGCCAUUUCAAGACCCUACGUCAGCAGUUCAGCCUACCAUCAGAAGAAAUGGAAGAGUAUAUCGCUCAGCGUGAGGUAUUUGCCUUACAAGACUUCGAACUAAGGCUUUACCAAUUCAUCGAUCCGGCCUUGAAUCUCCAACCCUUUGUCCUUUCACACGGCGAUCUACGACCGCCGAAUAUCAUUGUGAACGAGGAUCUCUCCCUAGCAGGAAUUAUCGACUGGGAAUGGAGUGGAACUGUGCCUGUUCAGUUCUUUAGACCGCCACUGUGGCUUGGAGGAGUAGAUGCAACAAGUCCAAGAGACAUGAAGUAUCGAUCCGGAUACUCUGAGCUAUAUGAUUCGCUUGUAGAUGCUAACAAGCAUCCUAAUGCUAGUCAGACGCUUGCUAGUGAAUGGGGCCCUCAUCUCUCCUCAAGCUUGCAUCUAUUUCUGCCUGCGGCGCUACUUCGAACUGCUCUCUUUAUCGACAUAUACUACAUGGCUAUUUUCCCCGAAUUCUACAAAGAUUGUAAAAGAGAUGACAAGUUGAAAGACUUAUACGAGUCAUGUAGCAAGUUUCGUGAGAUGGUAAGGGAGCAGAUGGAAACUGUCUGUAUCUAA